CAUGGGGGAAGGCGGCGGCUGCAGCAGUGGGCCCACUAGAGACCUGCAGAAGCUGAAGCAGCAGGCGAUGGAGUACUACCGGGAGAACGACGUCCCGCGCAGGCUGGAAGAACUGCUCAACUCCACCUUCUACCUCCAGCCUGCCGACGUCUACGGGCACCUGGCAAACUGCUUUUCUAAACUUGCAAAGCCUCCCACCAUAUGCAAAGUAGUGGGGAAAAGCGUACUGGAUGGACUGGGGCUUCCAACCCUUCAAGUGGAAAUAUUCUGCACCAUUCAAAAUUUUCCCAAGAACGUAUGUUCUGUGGUGAUCUCAACUCACUUCGAAGUCCAUGAGAAUGCCCCACCUGAGGUAGCUGAAGCAGAAGUAGCAGAAAGGUUGGAUGCGGUGAACACCGCUGCGCAGUGGGUCAAUGAAACCAUCACCAAGGAACUUCAGGGCAUGGCCCUCUCCAGCCAGGCCGAGGUAGAUCAGGUGCUCAGGACAUUCUUUGAAAAUAAAGUACAAGAAGAUAAGGAGAAAAAAGAGUUGGAAAAGAGUGUGGAAGACUCAACAGUGCCUACACCAUCAUCUCUAAUGCCACCACCACCUCCUCCUCCGCCAGCCAAGAAAAAGGGACAAAAGCAAGGGAGGAAGGAUACUCUUACAGAGAAACCUGUUAGGCCUCCAGAACCUGUUGAGCCUGUUCUCUCCGGCAGCAUGGCCAUAGGGGCUGUGUCCCUCGCUGUGGCCAAAGCCAGUGCCAUGCUGGGCAAUAAGCCUCUGUACUUAAGGAUUGCAUCACUAAAGCACCAGCAGGAACUGCCAGCCACGCUUACUGUACCUCUGCUGAUGGUCUCCCUGGUCAGCUGUGGGAAGUCAUCGCCUGGGAAGCUGAAUUUAAUGAAAGAAGUGAUUUGUAUACCCCAUCCUGGAUUAACAGCUAAACAAGGUGUGGCAAUGCUUCAGCAAAUUCAGAAACAUAUUACCAAAACAAUGGAAAUGCCCUCUCCUCCCAAAGCAGAGACAAAGAAAGGGCAUAAUGGAGGCAAAAUAAGUCAACAGCAGGUCACUGGCAAGAUGUCCCAUCUUGGGUGUUUAACCAUUAAUUAUGACACCAUAGAGCAGCCACUGCUCCUAAUACAAGGAAUCUGUGCAAACCUGGGGCUAGAAAUGGGAACAAAGCUGCAUCUGGCCAUCAACUGUGCUGCACAUGAGCUGGUGGACUAUAGUAAAGGCAAGUAUGAAGUGAUGACGGGAACCUACAAACACGCAGCGGAGAUGGUUGACCUGUAUGUGGACCUGGUCAGCAAGUUCCCCUCAAUUAUCGCCUUAAUCGAUCCUUUCAGGAAGGAGGACUCUGAACAGUGGGGCAGCAUCUACAGUGCCCUCGGUUCCAGGUGUCAUAUAAUCGCAGGCACUGCAUCCAGGAGCGUUUCUAAGCUUCUGGAAGAUGGUAACAUCAGCACCCCCAGGUCCAGUGGGCUGAUCAUAAAACACACAAAUCAAACUACCAUAUCCGACUUGGUGGAAAUAACCGAUCUUAUUGACAGUAACAAGCACAUGGCUGUCUUUGGAAGUACAGAGGGAGAGUCGUCAGAUGACAGCCUUGUCGAUCUGGCCGUUGGACUCGGUGUCCAGUUCAUCAAGCUGGGAGGUCUUUCUCGCGGAGAGCGCGUGACCAAGUACAACCGCCUUUUUACUGUAGAGGAAGAACUCAACCAGAGUGGAGCACUGCGUACGCGCUGCCUUCUCCCUCUGUUGCCGCUGAGCCAUGAAUAAGAGAACAAAGACUGCAAGGGGGGCACAGAAGCCCCUCGGCAGGAGGGCAGGGGACUCCAAAGACUGUAAAUAAGUGCUGACAAAAACUAGGAUGGCAUUCGCCACAAUGUGUAUUGUCUGCUUAGUGCAUUCUGUUUACCUGAAUGCUUAAGACUCUCCCUCCUCUUCUUGACGGAUAGACUAUGUGAUGCUGUUCAACAGAAUUAAUUGAUUGGAAUCUCCAACCUUACCUUUUGUUAUGGUCUGAAUUAUAUUUGUUUUCUGCACACUCCGGGGAAGUUAGAAGCACGUUUUCCUAAUGGCUUUCAGAAACAACUCCUUUUACUCACGUAGGCAGCAUGUUAACUUUAAUAUACCUGGAAAACGCUAUGGACUCAAGAGAAAUGAACCAAACCACUUAUGAAAUGAAACCUUUGUCAGUUUGGGUGGGAGAAGCACCUCGUGGCCUGGCUAACUGGAGAAGCAACACCCCAAAUAUGCAUUUUUACUCAUUAUGUUACUGUAAUGGCCAAAAGUAGGUACACAGCAUAUGACAUUUAAAGACACUAACAGUUAUUGUCUUUGUAAUUCUAGAACUAUUUUGUAGUUUAGGAUAGUAUAAACCAAUUGGUAUAUUGAAAGUGUUUAGUACAGACAAAACAGGAAAUUUUCAUGGAUGCUAUAAAUGAAUCUAUUCAGACAGAUGUAUUAUAGAAUGUAUGGUGGAGCAUGCCAAUUUUUAGAAUGAAAGCAAGGAAGCAGGCCUACUUUGUGACUCAAUAUAAUCAUUAAAAAAAAAGGAGAAAAUGGAUCAAAGACCUGAAUGUAAGUCAUGAAACCAUAAAAUCCAUAGAAGAAAACAGG